GUAGGCUAAGGUACUAAUUUAUUAUGUAGUUACGGUAUCAAUGAUAUCGGUUACCUUUGGCACGUGACUGUAUAAAAUAGGUCAAUUUUAUUGAUGAAAUGGAGUCUACUGUCUAUGAGAUGUUUUCUACACUGAUGUGAAAUGGUGUAGGGCCUACAUAUAGGCGUCAGGCAUGAAUAAUGUGGACCAAUUAUUUUCAUCGUUGAAAGGACUUGUUAAAGACACCCUGAAUAAAAACAGUAAACCGACUAAACCAGAAUAUAGUGCAGCAGACAUGAAUCCCCAUCCUCCUGUUUGCCUGAAUGACCGAGAAGAAGAUGGCUUCUUACUCGUCGGCGAGACCAAAAGUGAAAGGAUGGCACUUAGAGCCAGUCAGUUUAAUUCGCAUUGUGGCGUUCUAGCGCCACCUACAUAUUCACAGGUUUUACCACCAGACAAAGAAUUGCCAACGUACAGAGUUGCAAUGGAAAGAGGAAUGUCAAUGAUAGAAUGUCAAUCGUCUGCCCCACCUGCUAACACCAACAACAAUAACGAUUUGCUAAUAUCAGAUGUCCCAUUUGUCUUAGCUCCGUCUUUAACACAGCAAUACCAAAUUAACCAACACAAUAACUCCUCGGAAGAUUAUGUUCUCAGAACAUUCAUGUGGUCGAAAUAUGACUAUGACUUCAGUCUUGAACGGUCGUGUCUUCGAGACUAUUGUGAUACUACUGAUGCUACACCUAACUGGAGGUGAAUUACUAAUACUCGUGGAUUUCUAGAAGAUGUGAUAUGCGCAGAUUUACUUAAACAAACAUGUUUGUGUAAAUGAUGAGAUUGGAUUCUGUGUCACAGAGAGAGAGAGAGAGAGAGAGACAGACAGACAGACAGACAGACCAACAAAUACGUAUACAACCACACACACACUGUUGAAGAAAUCAUUUGUUAGUGGAUUUUGUGCCUUGGAGAUUAUUUGUAUAGUUAUUUUUAUUUGUUUCAAAAUGAAUGAAUGAAUGUUUAACGACACCCCAGCACGAAAAAUACAUGGGCUAUUGGGUGUCAAACUAUGGUAAUGCAAACAAAUAAAGUGAUGAUCAACAU